AUGCAACUCCCCAAAACACAAAAGGCGGCCAUCAAACAAGGCACCGGCGACAACGCUACGAUUACCAUCAAGGAGAUUCCUGUCCCGGAACCAGCUCCUGACCAGAUUCUCGUCAAGAUAAACUACAGUGGCCUCUGUGCCUCGGACAAAUCCCUGCUCCAUGAUGAGUGGGACUUCAAGAUGGCCGAAUGUACCAAAGGCAUCGCAGGCCAUGAGGGCGCUGGCAUCGUUGUAGCCGUUGGCGCAAACGUGCAGGAUCUCUGGCAGCCUGGCCUUGGUCAUUUUGGUGUUCAGUACGCUCGCCAUAUGGGUAUGCGCGUUAUUGCCAUCGACGGCGGCGCCGCCAAACGCGAUCUCUGCCUCUCUCUUGGUGCCGAGAGGUUUAUCGACUUCACUACAUGCUCGGACAUCACUUCCGAGAUCAUGAAGAUUACUACUUAUGGCGCCCAUGGCGUGAUCGUUUUCGCAGCAACGAAAGCAGGCUACGAACAAGCGCCAAACUUGCUGAGACCCAACGGCACGAUGGUGUGUGUAGGUCUACCGAAAGAUUCGUCGAUCAUUGCGGGAGCUAGUCCAAUCCUGAUGUGCCUCAAGAGAUUGAAUGUUGUGGGAAGCGUGACAGGAACGCUAAAGGACGUUGAGGAGGCACUCGACUUUACUUCGCGAGGACUCGUACAUCCGAUUCUGACUCAUGGUGGUUUGGAGGAUAUUGAUCGGUUCUGUGCAGACAUGAAUGCAGGGAAGCUUGCUGGACGGGCUGUUAUCAAGAUCGCUGCGUAG